AUGAAGAUCCCUGCGAGCUCGUCGCUUAUCCUCGCCACUAUUGCAAUCUCUUCCUCUUCAUCGUCACUUGCUGCUCCAACUGGCGAGGUCCCUCCUCAUGCUGACUCGUCAAUGACAAGCUCGCCUAGCGGACACAAUAUUGAGGGUGCCGCUUCAAGGUCUCUUCGUCCUGCCGACAUGCAAGAGUCGAUAGCUCGCGCGACUGAAGAACCUCGCGGCCUUCUCGGCGACCUUCUUGGCGCCAUUCUUUGCCCUGUUCUCGAAAUUGGCUGUCCUCCCAAGUCUCAAGGCGGCAAGCAGGCUAUUUUCGAGGCUGCCGCCAACUCGCAUCCAACCAAAGACGAGGCAAUUGCUGACUUGCAAGCUGCAAUCGACAUCAUCCAGAACCAGCUCUCCGGCCCGCCACCUCCAGCAAACGACGAAGAACCAGACUCCAGCUCAUCUGACGCGGACUCUAGCUCGCCAGACGCAAGUGGUUCCACCAACGAUAACCAAGACUACAAUCCACCCAGCGACGAUAGCUCUACCAGCUCCCCCAGUCAGGAUACCUCGCCAAGCACUGUUGAGUCUCCUUCGAGUGAUGCAUCUGGUACCACCUCUUCCGAGUCAACCGAGUCAACACCCCCAACCAGUCGUCGUCGUCGUCGUGAUGUGCCCAACAUGGGUUCUGGGAUGGUUGGUACUGUUGCUGGAGAAGUUCCUGUUCAGCCAGGUCAAGUGGCCAGCAAUAUUCCUGUCCAGCCGGGUCAAGUCACCAAUGCUGCUCCCAUUCAGCCAGGCCAGGUCAUCAACUCUCUUCCCAUUCAACCAGCCACAGCAGCAAACUCCCUUCCCCUCCAACCCGCUCAAAUUGUCAAUGCAGUUCCUCUUCCUGUGGCAGGUACCGUUGGUACAGCAACUGGUCUCGUCGAUGGUACCCUCCAACCUGUCAAGGCAAUCGUUGGGAGUGUAGGAGACACCCUCAAGACUAGUGUCGGUGCAGCCCGUCGUGCCUUGCCUAUGCCUAUGCCCAUGCGUCGAUGGGCUUCCCGUCCAUUGUCUGCUCGUUCGCAUGUCCCACCACCCCCUGCCAACCCGCCAGCUGCUCCAUCGCCCGACGGGCCGAGUCCUCCUUUUAUGAUUCCUCCAGUUUCUGCCGAUGAACUUCCUUCGAAGGCCCCUCAAAAGGCUAAAUCGGCUCCAGGAAUGGCUGCCCACGCACCUUCAGACGCAGGUAAUGUGAUUGAAGAAGUGCCGUCGACUGCGUUUAGUGGACCUGGUAUCGUCGUUUCGUAUGCUCCAGCGCCAAUUGCAGGCGUUGCUGGUGAAGGUCUCAAGAAGGCAUCGCCAGCAACGAGCUCAGGAAGUGGUUUUGCUAACACCGGAGCAGACACUGUCGCUGGAGGGGUCGAGAACGUUGGCUCGACUAUUGGUUCCAAGAUGACAAAACUUGGAAGAGAUAUUGCAUAG